AUGCCUGCAACACACUUCGCGAUACUCACGUCGGCGAUUGCCAUGAGCUCCCAACCGUCCGCACCUCCUGUGCAGAGGUGGCCGCCGGAUCCAGCUCACGACGCUCCAUCCGUCCAUGGUCAGAGUAUUCAGUCAUCCGCUCCACACUUCGCGAUACUCACAUCGGCGAUUGCCAUGAGCUCCCCUCCAUCCGCACCUCCUGCGCCAAGGCCGCCGCCGGAUCUAGCUCACGACGCUCCACCCGUACAUGGCCAGAGUCUUCGACCUCGCGAUGAGCGCCGAGCGCUCGGUUCAGCCCCGCCAAGCUUUCUCAAGAGCAAGAAAGAGUCCUACCAAGCAUACUUGAUGCCACGCGCUGCGUAUAACACGAACCAACCGGCGGCAGUUUACGCAUCGAGUCCACCCCUUCGCGAUCGGCUUGUGUUCGACGACGAAGCCUUGCUUGCGGAGGCGGCAUCGCCCCCUCACGGGUAUGCUACACCUGCAAAGUCACCCGGCACCCGUUUUCGGCGGGCUACGCCCACCGGUGGACCUCCAUCAAGUUGCGAGUCAGUGGUUACGAGAAGUGCUUCACGCAAGCGACUUGCUGCUAGCAUGGAGAGAGAGCAUGGCGGGGCUACAUCUGGCGAUCGAUCUGCAACUCGUGAAAGUGCUCAGCGGAAACGAGCCACUCAAACCAACAGUUGUCGUCGCGGGCUAUCGCCACACCGGGGCCACCGCGAAUGCGAUGGCAUGACGUCUCCCGUAGGCGAGCAGCAAACGAGCACUCCAUCGAAGACACACCAGAGGUCAAACAAUGAGAAAGGCAAGCGGACGUCUCGAAAGAAGAAGCAGCAGCAGCAGCGAGAUGACGCGCAGCUCGAUCGCAGGACUGCUCCAUCUGGGGUUGAAACUGGGUCCGUUGUUCCGAAUGCUAGUUCGGUACUUCCACUAACCUCAGCACCUGUACUUUUUGAGAUGUACAAAAAGCGCAAACCCCAGAAUUGGCAGUUUAUCCAGCUCGUUUGCAAAGAUGAAUUUCGGGGAAUGAACAAGCAACAUCUCCGGUCCGAACACGCUCGCUGUGCGUAUUGCACCAGGUGCAACAAGGAAAUCAAGUUUGAGAAAUCCUGCACCACUUACGUCUCGAAGCACAUGGCCAAGGUGCAUCCCAAAGAUCUCAAGCAAGCGGUUGAAGCCAUCGAAGCCCAAAAACGGGACCAAACGCAGACCUAG